AUGGCGCUCAGUUUUUUCAGCGGGACUGGAAGCGCCAGCCAUGCCAAGUACUUUGACAUUCGGUUGAAAGAUGAAUACAUUGUCUUCCGUGGUGGUGAACAUGAGGCUGCCAGUGCCCAUCUGAAGGGCACCCUGGUACUGUGUCUGUCGGAGCCUCUGACUAUCAAGCACAUCCGCUUGCAUCUCACGGGCAUGUCGCGCGUUUGCUGGCACAUCCCUUCCACAUCAACAGUCGGUGGCCGCAAGGCAUGGAGAGAGCGGGUGUUUUAUGAAAAGUCAUGGCAAUUCCGCGAUCCUGGCAAGGGUAAGACGGAGGUGCUUGCGGCAGGCAAUUACGAAUACCCAUUCGACGUCGUUUUGGAGGGCUCCAUGCCCGAGAGCGUGGAGGGCCUGUCGGAGACCUGGGUCAUGUACCGUUUCAAGGCCGAGAUCGGACGCAAGUAUGCCAAGGAUAUUGUUGCAAGGAAGCCCCUGCGAAUUAUCCGCACGCUGGACCCCAGUGCCCUGGAACUGUUCCAUGCGAUGUCGGUUGAGAACGUCUGGCCAAACAAGAUCGAAUACUCCAUUAGCACCCCCACCAAAGCCGUGGUGUUUGGAACUUCCAUUCGCAUCGAUUUCAAGUUGAUUCCGCUUCUGAAGGGUCUUCGCAUUGGUCAAAUCACUUCCCAGCUGAUCGAAAGUCACGACCUGACACUCAACCCCGACGAGCCUGACUCGACGCGCAACACCUACAAGAUUACCCGCACCAUCUUGACCGACGAGCACGAAAUCAAUGAAGACAAUAUUGAGGUCAUUGAUGAGGCCGCCGAGGGCUACCAGUUCACACGCUAUCUCGACAUGCCGCAAACCUUGAAACGCUGUCUGCAGGAUACCGACACCAAGGGCAUUAAGAUCCGUCACAAGAUGAAGUUCCGCAUUCAAUUACACAACCCCGAUGGUCACGUCAGUGAGCUACGCGCAACGUUACCCGUCUCCAUCUUUAUCUCUCCGGACGUCCAGCUGGAUGAGAAUAACAACAUUCGCGAUGCACCACCAGUCGCUGCUCGACGCGCUGCCGAUGACAGCGCGCACCAGGCCCCACCGAUGUACAGCGAACAUCAAUUCGAUCAGCUGUACAGCGAGCUUGACCCGAGUGGUUACCGCACGCCCGGUCCUGGGAGCGGAGGUCCUGGUACACCCUUCGGCCCUCUGAGUCGCAACAUCUCCUCGGAGAACUUGGCCUCGAUGAACGCGCUCACCAACACCGAUAUUUCCGCGUCUGCGCUUCACAGCCGACUGUCGACCCUGCAUGCCAACCGAUUCGGCCAACACUCACCUGGCGAACCCGUGGGGUCGCCCACCGAGAGUCACCCUAACUCGCGAAAUAUGAAUGUUCAUUUUGGAGACUACUUUGGGCCCUCCUCCGGAUCCAACUCGCACAGCCCAGGCAGCCCUGAGUUGUCACGCCGCCCCUCCGACGACGGUGGUGAUCACGAACCCAUCGCCUCCGGCAUGGCGACACCGUACCUCCACCCACAAUACGCCGAGGUUGAGACGCUGAGUCGUGUUCCCAGCUACUCUACUGCGGUGCGCGCUGCCGUCGGCCCUUGCGACAGCGCUCUUCCCGAUUACAGCGCCGCCAUGGCCAGUAGUCUUCCUACCCCGGUUUUGCAGUCCCCUCAGCAGGCCUACCUUCGAAGUGGCCGAAGCAGCGGGUACACGACGCCCCUCGAGGUGAAUACCCCCGGACCGUUUCACGCACACGGCAUUCACGCUGACGAUGCCGAACGCAGACUCCGAUUAGUGCAGGCGCGCGCUAGAACUUGA